CGUAUGCGCUUCGUAAAUUAGUCGUUAUUUUAUGUUUUGAUAGUGGGAAGCGACAACUAUGCGCUCAUUUAUCUACACGAGUUUCAAUUGAACGAACAAGUUAGACUCGUUACACGGUUGUUUUAACGGUGUCCUACGCGAUGUGUGAAUAAAGUGAUAAUUAAAUAAGUGUACGAAGAAAUAUGUGUGGCAAAUUAUUGUUAACAAGCACGGUGAUGGAAAAUUGCGUUACGUGAUAAAUUCGUAUAAACAAACCGGUUUUCGGUAGUGUUUGCAGUGUGAAGUGAAUAUUUGUUUAUCAUGGCGUUUUCUCUAAAUAAGUUGAAGAACAUUUUGAACACAAAUCGGGACAGUCAGCUGGCUGGGAGCGGGAGUCUUGAGCCUGAAAUAGGGUUCAAAUUGGCACUUCACCCCGUCUCCAAGAACUUGUACGUGACGGUCAUCGGGGCCCGACACCUCCCGUCCUUGUUUGGGUUGAGCCGCGCACAUGGAUACCUUGUUAAGGUCAAAGUGUUCCCGGGUGAGAGCAAAUUUGAGACUACACUCCAGGAAAGUUCAUGGCCGGUCUGGAAUGAAGACUUCAAGUUCCAACUGAAACAGAAAGAUGUCAAAAAGCCAGAAAAACCCGAUCUUCAAGGACUAGUCGCCGGGCAUUUCCUGUCUCUCACAAUAUACGCGCUACUCGAGCCGCCUAAAACAGAAUCGGAGAGAAGAAAAAGUGCAAAAACGUUAGACAAUAAGAAGAACCCUAAAGUAGCAGACCAGGAAGAGCCAAAAGCGAAAACUGGGUUUUUUGAGAAGACAUUUGGUAGUUUCAAAUCGACUAAAGCCGAGGCGAUGGCGCAAAAAUCUGUUCUAGAGAAGAGAAGGACUGUCGGAGCAGCGACGUGGAAUUUCGAUUCGAAGCUGUUUCAGAAUGAUCUGAAGAAUGGUUUAAUUGGCACUCCGGAUAUUUGGAGGCCAAUAAAUGCGAUAGCGAGCGGUCUGGCCGCCGCCGACACGAGAAGAGAGAACAAGAAGGGUCAACUGGAAGUGACCCUGUUAUACACAACGAGCGAAGACGGCCUCAACGACGUCGUCACGCUCACUGUCAACAGGCUACGUUGCAGCGUGCUCACCAUGCAGGAACAAGAACAAUAUAAAGCCCCGCUGUAUUUGAAAGCGACAAUAUUGGAAGCCAACAAAGCGGAAUGUUAUUGGAAAAGUGACAGAUUCGUUCCCACUAUAUCGGCGAGGUGGGACCCGAAGUCUGCGACGGUAAAGCUGUCGGUGUUCAGAGCCAGUUUGAGCAAAGUCAGCAUUUAUAUAAGCCUCGGUUGCAAGACCAAGAUGGCGAAGAAGGAAAUACUCGGUAAAGCGAGCAUCGACGAGAAGUCAGUUAACGCUGAGGCGUGGAAUGAAUGUUUGCGGCAACCCGGCAUACCUAAAACAUUUUGGGUUAACUUUGAGUGAUUAAGGAACAAAAUUUUCACCUUUUAUUAAAAUCAAAUAUCCGUCCUUUAACCUCUUGUGGUAAUGCGUGGUUGUAUUUUGACUGACGAGUAAAAAGGGAGUAUAACAUGUAUUAUAUGCAACU